AUGAUAAGGUGUGUGUGUGUGUAGUUCAUAACAUUUCAACCAUACGUAUAUUUUGCCCCAGUGGCUUCUCUUGCUGGCUGCAUCAUUCUAUAUGCCUGAUAUAGGGCUUGGUUUAGGCUAGUUCCUCAGCCAGUAGAUGUAUCAGUCCAGUCCUGGUGCAUUUUCCAAACUGCUAGUAAUGUAAUAUAUGUUUCACUAUGAGAGGAAACAACACAAUAACAACAACAAUCCCCCAAAGUGAUGUUUUUACUACACUUUUGUGAAUUAAUGUAGGUUGGGUUGGGGGGGAGCAAGCUGAGGUUUCGAAACUUAUCUGGGACUUUGAACUCUUGUUUAAAAUGUCUUUAUCAGCCAAAGAUAGCCAUUCUAGAUAUUCUGAUCUGAUGAGAUCAUGUCUCUGCUCUGCCUCUUCCCACUCAUGACUAAUGUUGUCUUCCACAGCAGUGAGGAGAAGAGUGAGGACGCCAACCAGAAUCAGAGCUCCAAGGACCUUAAGACACACAGCAAGCCCAAGAAGGUGAGGCGGGAGAGGAGGGAUGUGGAGAAGGAGAGGCUGGAGUCUUCAUCCACCACCAUGUCCUCCCCUCCUCAUCCUCCAGCCCAGCAGCCCUGUGCAGACCAGGAACAGCUCCAGCUAGCCGAGGCCGAGGCGGGGCCCUCAGAGCCCAUGGUCGCUGCAGCUGGUGAGGCCUCGGGUCUCUCUGAGUCCUCCCCUUCGCCCAAACAGAGGAGGUCCAUCAUCAGAGACCGAGGUCCGCUCUACGAUGACCCCUCUCUACCCCAGGGCUGGACACGUAAACUCAAACAACGCAAGUCUGGACGGUCCGCCGGGAAGUUUGACGUCUACCUGAUGAACCCAGAAGGGAAAGCCUUCCGAUCCAAGGUGGAGCUGAUCGCCUACUUCCAGAAGGUUGGGGACACCGCCACCGACCCCAACGACUUCGACUUCACCGUAACCGGGCGUGGCAGCCCCUCCCGCCGCGAGAAGCGACCCCCGAAGAAACCCAAAGUGGUGAAACCGUCGGGGAGGGGCCGGGGCCGGCCGAAGGGGAGUGGAAAGCCGCGCCCGGCUACGGAGGGUGUGGCGGAGAAGAGUCCCGGGAAGCUCCUGGUGAAGAUGCCGUUUGAAACGUCCAAGGUAUCCGAGGCAGCUGGGCAGACAUCGGACCUGGUCGUAGUCACCAAGAAGCGCCCAGGACGGAAAAGGAAAGCGGAGAUACAACCGCAGACUGCUCUGAAAAAGCGGGGGUGUAAGCCAGGGUCGGGGGUGACUGGGUCGGCACUGUCAGCAGCUUCUGGGGCGGCGGGUUCCAGUACUUCCUCCUACGCAGCGGCUGCUAUCAUGGCUGCAGAAGCUAAGAGGAAAGCUCAGAGGGAGUCUUCCGCUGAGCCGGUACAGCAGACCGCUCUGCCCAUCAAGAAACGCAAGACUAGAGAAACUGUUGAGGAGAUUAAGGAGACUCCAGCCAUCACCACGCCACUGCUCGGGGCAGGAACUGGGAUGGGGACAGGGAAUGGUGAUGGGGCAGGAACUGUGAUAGGGAUGGGGACAGGGAGUGGUGGUGGGGCAGGAACUGGGACGGGAAUAGGGAGUGGUGGUGGGGCAGGAACUGGGAUGGGAAUAGGGAGUGGUGGUGGGGCAGGAACUGGGAUGGGAAUAGGGAGUGGUCUGGCUGUGGUGGCAACAGAAGGGACAGAGCAGGGACAGAAGUUGCCAAAGAGUCCAGGGAGGAAGCACAAGGACAGUCCCCUGACAGCAGCGGUUACCACAGGGGCCAGUGGUGGGUCGAAAAGUUGGCCCAGUGGAGGCAGCAGUAGUAUCACUACUCCAAAGAGCCACAGCCACAAGAGGAAAGAGCGUACGCCGCACAAACACCAUCACCACCACCACCACCACCGUCACCAUCACACACACUCCUCUGUAGUGGAGGAUCAUCCUCCUCAACCCUCCCAGCGGCCCCCUCACCACCACUUCCCCGGCCUGACUAUGGGCCUGGUCUCCCAUACAGCCAGGGCCUCGGUGGGGCCAGGGGCCCUCCAACAGAACAAGCCCCAGGACCUGAGCACCUCUAGGGGGCCCUGCCGGGCCAGCAGCUGGCCAGAGGGCCACACCACGACCAGAGGAGAGAGGGGAGAGAGGGGAGAGGUCAGCUCGUCUGCGGUGGUAGUAGUGGGAACGAGUGACACCAGAGGCAACAGAAAUCGAGCAGACGAGGCACCGGGGACAGUGGUAGGGAGGGAUUUGAGAGACAUUGUACCUUCCUCAGCAGUACCGAGGCCCAGCAGAGAGGAGACCGUCUCUGCUGUGCCCAGGCCCAGCCGGGAGGAGACGGUCACUACUGUGCCCAGGCCCAGCCGGGAGGAGAUGGUCUCUACUGUGCCCAGGCCCAGCCGGGAGGAGAUGGUCUCUACUGUGCCCAGGCCCAGCCGGGAGGAGAUGGUCUCUACUGUACCCAGGCCCAGCCGGGAGGAGAUGGUCUCUACUGUGCCCAGGCCCAGCCGGGAGGAGAUGGUCUCUACUGUACCCAGGCCCAGCCGGGAGGAGACCGUCUCUGCUGUGCCCAGGCCCAGCCGAGAGGAGAUGGUCUCUACUGUGCCCAGGCCCAGCCGAGAGGAGACCGUCGAGUCUCGGACACCGGUGACUGAAAGGGUUAGUUGACUGUAUGUUAGGACCCCUGUCUGUAAGGAGAAAAGGAACCGUGUAGAGGAGCAGUGGGUUUUAUAAGACAACAGAAAAGGACGUGUACAUAGAAACACAAGGCAGCUGUUGGUUGAUUGUUCUUUCUGUGGGUUGGGCUGUUCAUCUGUUUAUUGACAGGUAGCGCAGCUUCCUGGUCAACCCACAACAGAUUGCUUCCUGAUAAAUGAACGUUUUUUCUUUUCUUUGUUUGGUCAUUGUCUUGUUCUCUGUUUUGUGCUUUAAACCUGUUGUCAUCUGACCCCGACCCCAGAAGCCUUUUGCUUAAAAUCUCACAGGAAGUGAAGGACCUACACUUCCGGUGCCAUCAUCAGAUGGAAACCACGGUAACCACGAUGAUGACUCAUAAACCUCAGUCAUUCAGUUCUUCACUGUGGUUUUUAAGAUGGCGUAUAAAGAAAAACUGGGACCGAGGCAUGUGUCCUGUCUGUAGUUUCCUCACAGUUGGUCUUUUUCCAGUGUUGUGGCUAGAA